AUGGGACCUUUCCCUUCUUCACAUGGCAAUCUUUACAUCUUGGUGGCGGUUGAUUAUGUCUCUAAGUGGGUGGAGGCAAUAACUUCUCCAACAUGCAAAAGUUCUGUGGUGUUAGGUUUCUUGCAGAAUACUAUUUUUCCCCGAUUUGGAGUACCUCGUGCUAUCAUCAGUGACGAAGGUACGCAUUUCUUAAACUGCACCAUGGCUGCCCUUUGUGCCAAGUAUCGUAUUCACCAUCGCAUAGCCACCCCAUACCAUCGACAGACAUUUGGACAAGUUGAAGUAUCUAAUCGGGAGCUCAAGAGGAUUCUUGAGAAAACUGUCAGUUCAUCUCUAAAGGAUUGGAGUUUAAAGCUUACUGAUGCUUUAUGGGCAUAUAGGACAGCUUAUAAGACACCAAUUGAGAUGUCUCCUUCAUUUGGUGCAGCUGGAGAGAAGCGGAAGCUGCAGUUGAAUGAACUAGAAGAAAUAAGGAAUGAUGCUUAUGAGAAUGCAAAGAUUUACAAGGAUAAGACCAAGAAAUUUCAUGAUGCUCACAUCCUUCGUAAAAAGUUUCAAUCGGGUCAGAAGGUUUUGCUUUUUAAUUCAAGACUGAAACUAUUCCCAGGAAAGCUCAAAUCACGUUGGAAUGGUCCAUAUCGUGUUGUACAGGUCCAUCUUCAUGGGGAUAUGGAUAUCCAAAACAUGCAAACUGGUUUUGUCUUCAAAGUUAAUGGACAUCGCUUGAAGUUAUACAAGGAGUCUCCAUAUGAUCAUGCAAACUGGAAGUGUAUUUCAUGGUUGGAACUUAUAUAUGAAAUCGAAUUGAGAAGUUAG